AACUCAUAAAAUUCAAGAUAUCCAAGAUGGCUGCGCCCAUAGGUUCAAAAAAUGAAUCACCUUCAAGUAAAAUUGAAUCACAAAAUAACUUACAUGGCAAAUCGGAUCAAUCGGGAUCAACGAAUAUUAAAAAAAUUGCUUUUAUGGUUGCAGUCAGUGGAAUGGCUAUGCUUGGAGGUUUUGGUAUGACUUUAGCCAAGACCAAAAGGAGACACCCCAGUUCAUUCUCGAAGGGAAUAGUACCAGAUCCAUCUGUUGAGCUGCAUGAGAGCGGUGCAUCAUUGGGCAUGAGAGCCCUAGGGUGGGGCACAGUCUGGUCAAUAGUUGGGGUGGGGUCAUUCACCUUUCUAUUCUGCAAAGCCCUGGGGGUCAAGAAUGUAGAGGAAUUGAAGACGAAGUUCCAAUCUGUAGCACCUGCAAUCAGAAGGAACGAGACAGAACCAGAAGAGGUCAUUAUCGCAAGGUUCAAAGAAGAAAUCUUAAAGGAUGAGAGGACAAAUAGUGAUACAGACUGAUGCAAUUUCUUUGGACGACUAAUCAUUACUGAUUUACGACAGUAUUCUAGCAAAGUGAUGGAUAUUACCAGUCUGGCAGAAACUUUAAAGGAGAAGACAAAUGGCAAUACAGACUGAUGGCAUUUCUUUGGACUUACUGAUCUAGGGUUGCAGUAUUCUAGUCAAAUGAUGAAUAUUCACCAGUCUGACAGAAAUAUGAAAGAAAGAGAGAGAGGGUACAUAGUAAUACAGACUAAUGUCAUUUCUUUGACUAGCGAUUACUGAUAUAUGGCUGCAGUAUUCCCGUCAAAUCAUGAAUAUUUACCAGUCUGGCAGAAAUAUUUAUGGGAGAAUGGGCAUAUACUGGCAAAUGGUAUAGACUGAUAUUGUUACUUUGGACUGAUAAUAACUGAUCUUUGGAAGUAUUCUAGUCAGUUGAUGGGUAUGUGAGAAUCCGAUUGGUCAUCAAUACUGUUAGACUGUUCAGAGGCAUGGUUAACAGGCAGGAGAUAGUACGCAUGGCGUUUCCACAGGUCUCUGCUGAAUUGCCUUGAUGUUCAAGGACUCAUGAGCAAUCCCUUUUCAUUACCAAGUUAUUAAACAGAGACCUUGUAUAAGAGAAUUGAAGGUGUGAUAUAUACAUGUACCCUGCACUUGCAUCCAAAAAGAUGCAAGGGAAAAUAAAAGAGUAAAAAUAAAUUUCUGAGUGGUUGUAAUAUCAAUUAUUUAUUAAUGGUAGGAUGAAUUAUGGUGUUUGAUCUAAAGUGAAAGUCAAGAAUUGGUUAGUAUAUGUUAUUGAACAUGGAACAAUAGUUGUUGGAGCAUGUAUUAUAAAUACAAAUUUCUCUAUGCAUUUGUAUGCUAAACACUGACAGCACAAGAUUGAAAUGCUAUAACACAAGUCUCAUUUUUACGAAAGCAGAGUAUUGCUUUCAGUUUAUUUACAUUUUAAAAUAAAUAAAGAAGAAGGCAUCCUUGGAGAGAAGACAAAUAAAUGGUAUGUUCACAAAACAUGUGACAAAAUGAACACAAAUUUAGUAUUUGAUAUAGACAAAUGUGAAAAAUAAAGAACAUCUCAUAUUAGCAAUCAUUUACAUACACCAGGCAUAAUUUUCAAAACAAAUGAAAAAGUACCACUAAUGCUUCUUUCUCACAAGCAAGUACAAGAAAAAUUAUGUAAGUAAUGAUAAAGAUAAAAGAUGAAGAGAAACAUAUUAUAAUAAUAUACAUGUAGAUAUACUGGGUUUACCCAUAUGGAGUCCUGUGUAUUUUUGUAGAAAUGACAUAAGAGAAAUAAAUCUGACAAUUUAAGUUAAAAAAUAAUAAUUCAUUUUCAUAUUGUGUAUUAAAGAAACUAUGAUGUACUGUUUCAUUGUUUAUUGAAAGUGUACAUUGUGCGAACAACAAUACAUGUAUAUAAACUGUGAAGUUAUGACAUUAUUGCUUUACAGUGUCCUGUAUCAUAUUGUACAGUUUAACAUUUCAUUACAGUAUCAAAUUCACAACUGACAAAAUCAUAUAGAAAGAUGCACACCACCAACUUUUUUCUUAAAGAUUAGGAACACAAUUGGUUUGAUACUUUUCUUCCUUCUUUGAAUAAUUUCAGGAAGGCUUAACAUUUAGAAUACAUUUUCAAUGCAUGGGAAAGCUACAUGUAGCAGUAGUAGUAUCACACAAUCAUAAUUUUCACGAUGAGAAAUUUUUCUUUUUAAAUGUAGUUUAUUCUUUAAAAUUGUGCACUAUAAAGCAUUAUU